UCAAAGAUGGCGCUGCCCGCGUUGCUGGGGUAACGGCACUGAGCGGGGCUCGGGGAGUCGAUGGCGGGCCUUCACAUUGUACCUGCGAUGUUUCACCUGUGUCUGAAGAAUGGCUCCAGGCUCCGGGGAUGUUUCCCCACACGCUCCGUGUGCAUUUGGACCCGAACCGGCUGGAGGAUCUCCGUCGGCAGCGGCAGGUUCCCUCUGAGCAGGAGCCAGCAGUGUUGGAGAUACCUUCCAAGUGGGAAGAGCUCAGGGUGCAGCUUGUUUCUUCAGGCAUUGAACCUUAUGCAACAUGGCAUCAGGCUGCGAGCAGGCAGCUACCUGCGGGGUUCGCUGAGGAUUCAGAGUGCCUUCCUGCUGGUGGGCACACCUGGGCUGAUAACACUGGGACUGAGACUGAAUGGCACUGUAGCUCACUGUGAAGAAGAUCAAGGCUGUCAUGUUAAAGACCCUGUGCCACAGGGUCCCGAGUUCAAUUGGAGAGAAUUUUGGAGGUUCCUUCGCCCAGAGCUCUCCUCUCUGAUUUGGGCCAUCAUUUUUGCCUGCGGUACAGCAUACCUGAAUUCUCAGAUCCCACUUUUGCUGGGGGACCUGAUGAAUGCUAUCGUCCAGUGCCUGCAGACCAAUCCUGCCUGCUACUUAAGGAACAUGAAGGUGCCAAGUGCAAAGUUACUGGGGAUCUACGUUAUACAGGGAAUUCUGAGCUGCUUUUAUAUCGCUCUCUUGUCCAGGGUUGGGGAGCGAGUCGCUGCUGCGAUGAGGAAGGAGUUAUUUGCAACUCUAAUCAGGCAGGACGUGGCCUUUUACGUAUGCCACCGGACAGGCCAGCUAGUGAGUCGCCUAACCAGUGAUAUCCAGGAGUUUAAGUCCUCCUUCAAGUGUAUUUUCUUUGAUCUCCAGGGUUUGAAGAGUAUCGCACAAACAAUCGGCUGCUUGGUAUCUCUCUACUUUGUUUCACCAACACUGACUGAACUCAUGUGUGUGGUCAUGCCAAUCCUGGUUGGAACUGGAGCAUACAUGGGAUCCUACCUCCGGAAACUUUCCCGAAAAGCUCAGGAGCAGGUUGCCAAAGCAACAUGCGUGGCAGAUGAGGCACUAGGAAACGUACGGACAGUGAAGGCGUUUGCAAUGGAAGACCUGGAAACUGAGCUUUUCUCAAAAGAAGUGGAUAAAUCCAGGGAUAUCAACCAGUAUCUAGGUUUGGGAAUUGGCAUCUUCCAGGGAUUAUCUAACUUUACACUGAACUGUGUGGUCCUGGGGACGAUCUGUGUCAGCGGAUCAUUGAUGGCAAAGGACCAGCUACGCGCUGGCGACAUGAUGUCGUUCCUGGUGGCAACACAGACUGUGCAAAGGUCCUUGGCACAGAUAUCUAUUGCCUUUGGACAGAUCAUCCGUGGAAUGAGCUCUGGAAGCCGAGUGUUUGAGUUCCUGAUGUUGGAGCCGACCAUCCCGAUAAGAGGUGGGCACCAGAUCCCAUCGGAUGCCCUGGUUGGACACGUCCAGUUCCAUGACGUUACAUUCAGAUAUCCCACCAGACGUGGUCACUUGGUGCUGAACAAGCUCAACCUCACCUUGCCUGCCUCUAAGGUGGUGGCCAUCGUGGGGCAGUCGGGGACAGGAAAGUCAACAGUAACAUCACUGCUGGAGAGAUUCUAUGAGCCAUCCAGUGGCGCGAUCACUUUGGAUGGACAUGACCUCAGGACCCUGGAUCCACACUGGCUGCGCAGUCAUGUUAUUGGAUACAUCAGUCAGGAGCCAGUGCUGUUCAGCAGCACCAUCAAGGAGAACAUCCGAUUUGCAAAACCAGAUGCCUCUGAUGAGGAAGUGUAUAUCGCAGCCCAGCAAGCAAAUGCAGACGGCUUCAUCCGGAGCUUCCCUGAUGGAUACAUGACCAUUGUGGGUGAGCGGGGAGUGACUCUCUCUGGGGGUCAGAAGCAGAGGAUCGCCAUCGCUCGAGCCCUGAUUAAAAAUCCCAGCAUCCUGAUCCUGGAUGAAGCCACGAGUGCGCUUGAUGCAGAAUCAGAGAGGGUGGUGCAGGAGGCACUGGACAGCAUACAGAAGGGUCGCACAGUGCUGGUCAUCGCACACAGGCUGAGCACCAUCAAAGGGGCCGACAUCAUCUGUGUCCUGGCGAAUGGCCACGUGAAGGAGGUGGGGACCCACGCAGAACUGCUGCAGAAAGGAGGGCUUUACGCAGAACUGGUCCGCAGACAGACCAGCGAUGAAACCAUCCUGUGAAGGGAGAGCGAAGGAAGGACAGUGCAAUGAAUUCCAGGCAUUUAUUCACAUUGAACAGUCCGUGCAAACAUAAUAUGGAAGGAAGCUGUGGGCCCAACAACACUCCCUCUAACACCAGUCGUUCUGACAAUAUGGACACUGAGAUUCCAGCAUGGUGCUUUGGAUGUGUGGUUGGAGGGCUUCCCUCACACUGUCCUCUACAGAUGUGGCACCUCUUCACAACAGCCUCCACGCCUGUCUACUCCAGGCUUUGCCUGUACCUCGCCUGGGGGGCUGUGGAAUCCUGGAGUAUGGGUGGAGGCAGAUCACUGUACAACACGGGUAUAGCACUGAUCAGUACAGGUCUGUCAGUGUAUAAUGCUGGGAUACAGCACUGGUGGAAACAGGUCUGUCACUGGCUGUGUAAUGCCGUAGAACCAUACAGCACAAAACAGGCCCUUCGGCCCACCAUGCUGUGCCAUAUGCUGGGGGAUAAAUGGUCCCCUGAGCUGUUAGAGCCUUUUAACAUCACCUAUCUGGAUACUGAGUUGUUGAUUGGAUGAGGCCUAUCUUAUGUUUAACUUCCUUUAUAAAUUACACUUUU